GAGCAGCACUUCCUGUUUCACUCAGGAGAGAAAUUAUGGUGAGAAUAUCAACAGUCACCUUACACACCAUGAUUUAGGCGGCCGUCCAUCCAUCCCCGGCCGCCGCCUGCUUGGAUGAACGGCGGAGACGUCCCACCAGGGCCCGUUGACGCUUAAUGAGAGGAGGCUCCAGAUUCCAGGUGCAGCCAUGCCCGUCUCCCUGCUCUGGGCGGUGGAUGUGUACGGGCGGGUCUACAGCCUGUCCACAGCAGGGCAGCAGUGGGAGCAGUGUCGCGACGCCCACUUGGAGUUCAAACGGGUGGCGUCGGCCCAGCAGUGCUGCUGGGGCAUCGCCUGCGACAACAGCAUCUACCUGAAUGUCCACGCUUCCGACCUGCCCGUCCGCUACCAGGAGGAGACCUACGAGAACCAACGCUGGAAUCCCGUUGAUGGCUUCUCAGAGCGUCUGCUCCCGAGCGACCGCUGGCAGUGGAGCGAUGUCACGGGUCUGCAGCACCAACCUCUGGACAGCUUCCAGCUUCCCUCCAGCAGCUGGGAGUGGGAGGCCGACUGGUACGUGGAUGAAAACUUCGAGGGCGAGCCCACUGAAAAGGGGGGUUGGAACUAUGCCAUCGAUUUCCCCGCCACCUACACCAAAGACAAGAAGUGGAACUCCUGCGUCCGUCGCAGGCGAUGGCUCCGCUACAGGAGGUACAAAGCCAUGGACACCUGGGCUAAGAUCCCCUCACAGCAGACCACUCUACCAGACCCCUUCAGCGACAUCACCUGUGGAGGCUGGGAGAUCAACGAGGAGCCCAGGGGCCGGCUGUCGCUCUGGGCCGUGUCUCUGCAGGGGAAGGUGUGGUUCAGAGAGGGAAUCUAUCACCACAACCCCGAGGGCACCUUUUGGGAGGAGGUGCCUCUCCCAGGGGAAGUAGUCCAGAUCAGCUGCGGCCCGGGGGACCUGGUCUGGGCCGUGCUGUGGGAGGGGCAGCUCAUUGUCAGGGAGGGCAUCAGCAGAGACUGCCCCAAAGGUACCUCCUGGGCGUUGGUAGAGUCUCCUAGCCCUGACGUGGGAGCUAUACAUGUAGCUGUGGGUGACAGCGUUGUCUGGGCUGUAACCAAGGAUAACAAAGUGUGGUUCAGGCGCGGCGUGAACUCCCACAACCCCUGCGGCUCUGGCUGGAUCAGCAUGGUUGGAGAAAUGAUCAUGAUCAACGUGGGACUGAACGACCAGGUGUGGGCUAUUAGCUGUGAGGACCGGGCCGUGUACUUCAGGCAGGGCGUGACCUCCAGCGAGCUGAGCGGGAAAACCUGGAAGGCGAUCAGCGUUCCCCGAGACGGAGACCGAUCGCACUCCAGCGCGAGUGCCAACAGCCUGCAGAGUGCUGGAUGUUUUUUCUGCGGUGAGGUGCGUGCUCAGUCAUCGGUGAGUGAUUUGGAAUCCGACGGAGAAAAGGGACCUGCGGAUGGACCCGGCUGCGUUGUCGCCUCCGCCUCCCCGCAGUCGUUCGCCGACGCUCCCGCGGACGGCUCCUCCGACCCGCCCGCCGAAGCUCCCAAAGCCCGCAUCCCCAAGGUCACCAGCGACAGCUUCAUCUCCGAGCUCGUCUCCGACCGAGAACCCGGGAAGGCCUCGAGGGCGGCUGGGUCCGCCGCUCCCGCCGUCCUGGAAGAGGAGAGCCUCGCCGGUGAAGGGGAGCUCAGUGUUCCCUCGGCCGCUGCCGCUCUUUCCCCCAGCCAGUCAGGAGGUCCUCUUGAUCCGCAGUGGAGCAACGUGGAUCUGGAGGAGGCGCAGAGCCAACAGGCUCAGGCCGGAACGGUGCUGGACUCGGUAGACACCUGCAGCUUGUCGUCAGUGGCCACCUACACCCUCGCAAUGGAGGACCCGUACGGGGCAGAUGAGCGCCCCCUGUGGGCGUGGGUCAGUGGAGGAGGUUGCUCGGUGGACAGUCACUCCCAACUCAACUGGUUUAACUCCUCCUUGAACGCUUCGUCUUUGGUCCAGUCGGUCCAGUCCAUGAGUCUGUCAGUCACUCCGGCCCAGACGGCAGCGUGGCGGAAACAGAUCUUUGAGCAGCUCAGUGAAAGGAGCAAGAGAGAGAUGGAUAAUUUCCGACACUACGAACAAGCCAUAGAACAGUCUGUUUGGGUGAAGAAGGGGACCAUGCAGUGGUGGAGGGACUGGAAGCCGCACAAGUGGAUAGAUGUCCAUUUUGCCUUUGAGCAGUUCUCAGGACCAGAGGGCAACAAGGACGGCAUCCUGUUCAUCUAUUACAACCACUACGAGGAGAAGAAGUAUCUGCAUGCCUUCAUCAACGAAGUGACCAUCCUGGUUCCUGUGCUGAAUGACUCCAAACACACUUUUGCCAUCUACACCCCCGAGCGGACAAAGCAAAGGUGGCCGAUUAGAGUGGCCGCCGCCACAGAGCUGGAAAUGCAUGAUUGGCUGGCACUGUUGAGUGUGUCAUGCUGUGACUCCAGGGGGAUCCAGGGUCCUCCCUCCAAACAGGCCAUCUGGUCCGUCACCUGCAGAGGAGACAUCUUCGUCAGCGAGCCCUCCCCUGCCCUAGAAGCCACGCCUUACCCCACACCCUGCGACCAGAUGUUCUGGAGGCAGGUCGGGGGUCACUUGCGCAUGGUGGAAUGCAACAGUGUUGGGGUGGUGUGGGGGAUUGGCUAUGACCACACGGCCUGGGUUAACACCGGAGGCUACGGAGGAGGCUUCAUCCAGGGGCUGGCCAGCAGCACGGACAACAUUUACACGCAGACGGACGUGAAGAGCGUCUACAUCUACGAGAACCAGAGGUGGAACCCUGUCACCGGCUACACCAACAGAGGUCUGCCAACGGACCGCUUCAUGUGGAGCGAUGCGUCAGGACUGCACGAGUGCACAAAAACGAAUACAAAACCUCCCUCCCCUCAGUGGACAUGGGUGUCAGACUGGGCCGUCGACUACAGCGUCUCCGGAGGCACAGACAGAGAGGGCUGGCAGUACGCAGCCGACUUCCCAGCGUCUUAUCACGGCUAUAAAACCAUGAAGGACUUUGUGCGCCGCAGGCGAUGGGCCAGGAAGUGUAAAUUGAGCACGACAGGACCUUGGCAAGAAGUUCCACCCAUCCCGCUGAGUGACGUGACCAUCCUGCCGUGUACGGCUCAGAGCGGCGUGGACGUGGUUCCUCUGUGGGCGAUCAGCAACAAGGGAGACGUGCUCUGCCGACUGGGAGUCACCGCCCUGACUCCUGCUGGAUCCUCGUGGCUCCACGUGGGAACGGACCAGCCUUUCAAAUCCAUCUCCAUCGGCGCUGCCAGCCAGGUUUGGGCCAUCGCCAGGGACGGCUCUGCCUUCUACAGGGGAUCCGUGUCACCACAGAGCCCAGCCGGAGACUGUUGGUACCACAUCCCCUCUCCUGCCAAACAGAAGCUGAAGCAGGUGUCUGUGGGGAGGACAUCAGUCUACACUGUAGAUGAAAACGGUAACCUGUGGUACAGACAGGGUGUGACCCCCAGCUACCCUCAGGGCUCCUCCUGGGAACACAUUUCUAACAACGUGCGGAAAGUCUCUUUGGGGCCUUUAGACCAGGUGUGGAUCAUAGCAGACAAGGUUCAGGGCAGCCACAGUCUGAGCUGUGGGACAGUGUGCCAUCGACUCGGAGUCCAACCCAUGGAGCCCAAAGGACAGUCGUGGGAUUACGGCAUCGGGGGCGGGUGGGACCACAUCACAGUGAGAGGGAACUCCGUGGAGCCGCCCCGCAUCCGUCUUCCCUCUCUAACGGACCCGUCCCCUCGGAGCCCCCUCCCCGCCAGGAGCUCGGAGGCCAACGGCAACGCUGUGGGAUGUUAGACGCACACAUGUGCGCACGCAUACUGUAUGUAGGUCAAUGGUACUUAAACUCCGGAUAGACUUUUAGUCUUCGCAUCCUCUCGCGGAACUUCUGGACAAUCAGAAACAUCUGUUAAAUGCUGAAAGUGUCUCUCACUGUCUAAAUACUUCCUUUAGGUCGUUCAUUUUACUGAUCACUCAUUUCCUUGUUGUGGGCAUUUAUGUGUAAAUAUCUUGUACUGAAUUCCAUGAUCUUACACUUUAUUUCAUAUUUAUUCAUCUAGAUCUGUUGUUUCUGUGAACUUGUGUGUACAGAACACCACGUCAGGGUGAGGCUAAGGUAAAAGUUGUUUUUCUGUUCUUUUAAUAAUGUAAAGAAUGUACUGUUGCGUACCUGCUGAACUACCAGCACCAGGACUGGUAUUAUAUGGAACAGAAGUGAUGUAGCCUGCAGGGAAAGGCUGAUAAAUGUGAAUCCAGAUAUGUCUGUGUGUCAUUCAUGUCAUGAUAUACCCCAGAACAGACCCCUUGUUUUAUCCAUGUUUCACUGCUGAUGUCAUUUGUCUGCUGAUGUGACAGAGUGCUGUAAAAAAAAAAAACAACAACAUAUACUUCAGAAAUAUAAAGAUCUGUGUGUCAUCCGCUGGUUCCUAAUGACCUUUGAAGCCGAGAGUUGGGGUUGUUCCAUUCAACAAGCCAGGGAACCCGUGUGAAAGGGCAAGAAGAAAGCACUAUAGCAGCUUAUAAAAACAAGGCAAACACUCUAAAACCCACGUCACUGGAAGCCGUAGUUUCUUUUAGUGACUGGGUUUGCAUUUCUAGAAGGAACAAAGAGGUUUCUUUGGAUUGUAGCAGCUCCGACGAGGUCUGCACUGGCUUUAUUGACAUGGUGCUUGCUGCUUGCUUUGUACAAAAUAUAUAAAAUAUAAUAUUAAGAGAAAUCUAACGUUAUUUUCUAAAAUAAAUUAAAAAAGAUCAUACUUUCACGGAGCAUGUGCAAUGGUUAGUAAAUGGUUGUGAAUAAGGGGAAAGCGUCGGUUACUUGUAGAAGUCUUGUGGUUAAAAGUCUGGACCUUCCCCUUUCUCAGGAGCUUGCUGCAUUUGCAUUUACUUCCUUCAUCCUGAUGGUAGUAGAAUGACUGAGCAGUUAAAAAAAACACUAUAUUUUUGUUAUAAAUCUGUAAUAUAGCGGUGUGAUAGUGUCGGUGUUCUCAUGGCUGUUGUAAUUACACCAUAUUAACGUGGAGAGUUUUACGAAGGCAUUGGUCUGGAUGGCAGAUGUGUGUCUGUGUUACCUGUGAAUAAUCAGUGUCAGCGCUGUUACCAUUGUCAACGUCCAUCUGUGCAUGGUCAAAAGAAAAAGAGUCCGUCAAUAAAUAAAUGUGUUUAUUGAAAACUCCUCAAA